GGUCAGAGUGCAAAUAUGGGCGGGGCCACGUCGCUUCCGGUAACAGUACUUUCGGUUUGGGAUCCCGGUAAACAUGUGAUUAUCAAUGCUUAGAAGAACGUAUUAUGGCAUAUAAUUAAUGCGAUGGUCCAGACGUGCUAAAGUGACUUAACGUUAUAUCAAUCAAAUGCCAUAUCAAAAACAAGGAUGGGUCAGUCAGAGAGCGCACACCUUCAUGUUGCGUCGAUGGACUUUAAACUAAAACCAGACUCAUGCUCAGGUCUGCAGGCAGAUGUUCCUCUAGCUGUGGUUGAGGAGAUCCUCCUGAAUCUGCCUGCUCAUCAGGUGGUGCGAGUCUGUCGUCUGGUGUGUCAUGAGUGGAAGGAGCUGGUGGACAGUGCUGCACACUGGAGAGUGCGCUGUCGGAGAGAGGGGAUCCAGCCAUGUGAUGCUUCCAGACCACCAGAUGACUGGCGCUUGUUUUACUUCUUAACUAAGAAACGACGUAACUUGCUCAAGAAUCCCAGAGCAGAAGAGGAGUUCAGUGGAUGGAAUAUUGUACAGAAUGGUGGUGACUGCUGGACAGUAGAAGAUAAUUCGGUAGAAAUCCCAAAUUGCACAGUCUCAAAAUACUUUGUCACUUCAUACUGGUUAUGUUUAAAGCAACAGCUGAUUGAUUUGAGGAAAGAAGGCUAUAGCGCUGCUUUCAUGGAUCAACUGCAACCUCAUAUCAAAAUAUCAGACUGGUACGCACCACGCUGCGAUUGUGGAAGUGUCUAUCAGAUCUGUGUGGAGCUGCUUGAUCAGAAGAAGAGACCCAUCAGUACCUUUGACCCUGAACCAGUUUUCUUUCCACAGUGGAAUGAUCAGAAGUGGUGUGAAAUGACGCAUGUCUUUAAGAAUUAUGGACCUGGGGUUCGGUUUAUCCGUUUCACUCAUGGUGGGAAGGAUACACAGUUUUGGGCAGGCUGGUAUGGGAUACGGGUCACUAACAGUAGUGUGGAGAUCUGUCCAGCUGAAGAGAGAUAGUGUUUUACUGUCUGAAUUUGUUCUGCUAUGAGAAACGCUGCUAUAUGUAACUGAACUUAAGUCUCAGUGUUGCAUGCGAUUUGAAGUCUCUAUCAUGAUCAUUCUGUAUUUGUAUUUAUUUUUGGACUACAUAUAAACAGCUAAAACUUGA